AUGAAGGAAAAAAAAGGCACAACAGCAUCAACAACUCCCACAACAACAUCACAAGGCUCCCUUACACCUUCGAGUAGCACCCAACAUUAUACAACUUUGCGCAAGCAACCUUUGAGAACACCUUCUCCAGCGAACGGAACAAGAUCAACCAGCAUUCGAAGCACACCAGCCCCUUCGACACAACCAACAACCGCCUCCCCCACGCGAGAAUCUUCAAUCGAGCCCCAGGACCGCUCAGCACACGGAGCUGCGACAAUCUCUCCAGCUCCAGCUCCCGCAAUCACCAUCACAUAUCUUACCCCUUCUCAGCAAAAUCUCAAUCCAACAGCCAUGUCUUCGUCCUCGUCUACAUCCAGCAGCACCUCCACCGCUGGUUCCAACUCUGGAUCCGGAUACACGCAGCUCCCAUAUGCGCCGUUCCCGUACCCGAUGCCUGCCAAUCCCCGUGGAUCAGGCUCUGGUAACGGCAAAUAG